AUGACGAUGUGUUUAUUGGAACUAAAUACUGAGGCGCCACCACCGCCGCCAUGGCAGCCGGGCUCUGGGCCUGGACCGGGUCCGGGUCCUGGGGUGGGGGUGGCACCGGCGCCGCCCCCGGGGGCAGCGCACAGCAGCCCCUUAACGCCGCCCUCGGGCACGCGCCUCCAACUGCACGUCGACGCCAGCCCUUCCAGGCUCUCACUGCAGUCCGGCAGCUUCCAGUGCAGCCUGGGUUCCUCCACGGGCGACCUCAGCGUGGAGGCGGCGCAGCUGGAGCGAGCCAUUCGCAACAACGACACGGUGCGCGUCAAGCGGUUCCUCGAGCUGCACCACGACAAGUUCCAGGUCAACCUGCACAGUAGUUUUUUAGAUAAAUCUUCCUGCGAAUCGCAAAGCCAAGACGUCGAAAUCCUGCUCAGAAAAUCGAAAACGUUAAUUGAUCGACUUGCACCAGACGAGCGAGGGGUGGUGGAUAAGGCGGCGUGUGCCGACAGGCUGCAGCCGGCGUCGUCGUGCGCGUCGUCGGCGUCGUCGGCGGGCGUGGCGGAGCCGUCGGUGCCGCUCAUCUUCAGCAACGCGCUGCACGUGGCGGUGGAGCACGGCGCCGUCGACGUGGCGCGCCUGCUGCUCAAGUACGGCCUCGAGCCCAACCAGGGGGGCCGGCUGCCGGGGCCUAUUGUACAAGGCCCCUCGUCGCCGCUGACGCUGGCGCCGCCGCCGCUGUCCGGCCAGCGACGCGGCACGCCGUGGGCGGGCUCCCCAGCGUCGCUGUCGCCGCCGCACUACCAGCUGCCCGCCAUCACCACCAGCCCUGCUGACCCUCCCUCCGCUCUCGCCGUCACCUCGCCCACGGCCGCCGGUGCCCGACGCCGCCGCCUGGGGAGCACCGUGGGCCCCCCGCCUCCGCCCGGCCCGACGCCACGGCAGCGCUCGCUGUCGCUGGAGAGCCAAGCGACGCCGGACACGGGCCGGCGCAGCGUGUCGCUCAAGUCCAGCCCGCUUAUGUCGCCGCGGCCUCCUCCUCCCCCUCAACAGCAGCAGCAGAUUCCACAGCAGGCGCAGCCGGAGCGCAGCAUCUUCGCGGAGCUGCGCCGCAGCAGCGAGAUCUUCAAGAGCAUCCUGCUCAACCUGUCCACGAGGGAGGCGGCGGCGGCAGCAGCGGCGGCGUCGUCGUCGCCGUGCCCGUCGUCCUGCUCACUGAGCGCUGCCUCCUCGUCCGGCAACGGGCUCGCUUCCGAUGCAGGCGACGUCCCGUUGCUUGUCGUCAACCCAGCGCUGCCACCCGAAAAGGUGGUGGGUCUCGCGCAUCACUACACCAAACACUACCUGUACACGCUGCCAGCGCUCUUCCUGGCUGUCGUCAAGGGCAACGCCACGCUCGUGUACCUGCUGCUCAAGUACGGCGCCGCAGUCAACUUCCAGGAUGGACAAGGGAACACGCCUCUUCACCUGGCUGUAGCACAGCAGACAGUGCCGUGGGAGUGCGUGCUGGACCUGGUGGAGCGGGGCGCGCAGGUGGCGCUGCGCAACAAAGCGGGCGUGAGGCCCGUGGACCUGGCGCCCGGGGACGUGCUGGCCAGGCUGCAGGACCAGAUGCUAGCCGACUGCUGGGCCGGCCUGGCGCCAAGCUCGCCAGCUGCGCAGCAGACCACCCAGCAGGUGCAGCAGGCGGCCGGCGCGCAGCAGCAGGGCGUGCAGCAAAACACCCAGCAGGCGCAGAGCAGCAGUCUCAGUUGCUUGUCCUGCACGCCGCAGGUGCCGGCGACGCCCGCGGGUGCCGAGUCGCCCGGCAGCGGCGCCGCCAACUCGGGCCCAUCGUCGCGCAACCCGGCACGCAUCCUGCGCAAGCUGCGCACGGCGAGCGGCGGCGGCGGCGGCGGCGGCGGCGCGGCCAGGGCAGAGUCCACCGAGGAGGCCAGCUCCGCCUCCGUCGAGAUGCUGGCGCUCUCCUCCACCGGCUCCGUGCGCAGCCGCAACAACAGCUGCCGCAGUCUCGAAGUCACCCAGCAACAGCAGCAGCAGCAGCAGCCGGGACAACCCGCCGGCAGCAACAACAACAACAGCAAGGAGACCACGGAGGCUCUGACUAAGCAAGACUCGAGACGACGCGCGAGGAGGAAAGCGUGGCGCGAAGCCAGACAGGCGCACGUCUCGCAAAACACGGAGAAGUCGCGGUGCUUAGAGGCAGAACGCAGCUUCCAGGUGCUACUGCACAUGGCCACCAACCCAGAGUGCCUGGGCGGCGUGCUGCGGGGUUUGUUAGUGCAUCACAACAACCUGCUGCGCCUACUGCAGCUGCUCAACCACAGCGCGCUGCACCGCAGCAUGGCAGCACUGCUGCACGCUGUCCUGAAGACCGCUGUGGAGACGUACGGGGAGCGUUCGGCGGCAGCGACGCCUCCUGCUGUGACGUCACCGGAGAGCGCGCAGCAGCAGGUGGCGGAGGCGACGCAGCAGCUGAGCGGCGCGCUGUGCCUGCUGCUGCGUGUCUGCCUCAGCCUCAUCCACGGCGUGCACGACCUGCAGUACACCGCCAUGGUCACCAUCAACAAGGCCAUCGACGUCUGCGUCGUGCACCGCCUGGCGCACGUCAAGGUGCGCUCCGCGCGCGUCCUCCAGCACCCGUGCAAGCCGGCUAGAAAGAAGGACCACAGUACAAAAGGGGUGACGGAGAACAUCGAAACACCAUCUAGCGGCGAUCGCACGAGGCGCCGGCUCGGCGCGAAACGACUGGGUUCCGUGUGGCGGCACUCGUCCACCGCGGAGCCGACAGAGCGCGCGCGUAGCGACGCGGACGCCGUCGACAAGGAGGAGAGCGUCAUAGACGUGCUGUCGAGCGUGCACGCGCUGUCGGUGCUGAACAUCCUGCACAACGCGCUGACGCUGUACAAGCGCGUGGUGGGCAGCAAGCAGCAGUGCUCUCCCAGCCAGAGGUGGCGGCACUGCAGCUACCACUGCCUGCAGAUCCUGGCGGCGCGCGCGCUGCUCUUCAUGGUGGAGGGGCCCUCGGUGCAGGCGCAACUGGCGCAGGAGCCGCAGCUGCGUAUCCUCGCCGCAGCGCUCGACUCCACGCACGAUCCGCAACUGCUGGUGCUGGUGCUGCAAAUCGUGGCGACGCUGGCGCUGGAGCCGGCGCACCACCGCGCGCUGCUGGACCAGGGGCUGCCCGACGUGCUGAGCCAGCUGCUGCUGCCGUCGGACGAGUGGUACUACACCAACCACAGCACGCGCUACGCCAAGUACGUCAAACACCACGCGGCGCGCGCGCUCGUCUACCUGGGCUUGCAGCACCGAGUCAACCUGCGCUUCAGCGUCUACGACAUCCUGCAAGACGACCUGCCGCCGCCGACGCCGCUCACGGAGUCGGUGGAGGACGCGUACAUCACGGCGACGUCGGCGCCCCCGGCCAUCGUGCACUGCCCGCGGACCAACAACGUACUGGGCCUGUCCGUCGAGGGCGCCGUCAUGCACGUACUCCGCACUCUAGAGACAUCACUCAGCCAAGGCACGACGUCAUCAUCGGACUGGGCGACGCCGCACUGGGCUCUCAGUGGCAGCAGCUACUCGCAGACUCCGCAGAAGGGGCAGGCGAGCUCGCUGCUGCACGGGCUGCUGGCGUGCAUGCCGUGCGUGCUGUCGCCGGUGGUGCUGCUGCGGCUGCUGCUGCACCGACUGCUCACCACGGCGGCGCCGCACCUCGCGCGCUGGCGCAGCUGCGCCUCCAGGUCGUCCUUCGCCUCCGCCGGACACGCCGAGGGCCCGCGCACGCCGCGUAGCAGGGCUUCCUCCACCGACACCGAGCCCAGCUCCCUCCGCAAGAGGAGGAAGGUGAACCUGACCGUGGACUGCACGACUGGGCUGGAGGGCGGCGCCGAAGACGCGGCGGUGAGCACCAGCCGGUCCCGCGGGCUGCACCGGCCGUCGUUCACCCAGCAGGGAUCCGGCCUGCCCGUGCACCAGCCGCUGGAGCGCGCCUCUUCGCUGGUGCCCGCGCCCAGGGACAGCCUGGGACUCGAGCCCGCCAUGCAGGCGACGCUGUUCGCGUUCUCGCACAUGCUGCGGCACGCGCCGAGCCGCGACUCGCUGCAGAGCAGCAGCGACGGCCGGGGCUCGGCGCCCGGCUCGCCGUCGCUGGUGGUGGUGCCGGUGCCGCAGCAGCUGCCCCUGGGCCUCAGCCUGGGGCUGGGCGCCCACAAGCCGCGCCGCGCCUCCUUCCGCUUCUCCAGCCUCCACAAGCGCCGCUCCAAGUCGCAGGCCAACAUCGCCGCCGUCGUACACAAAGUCGAUGUAGGGUCGCACCGACGCGGCGACACGCCAGAGCAGGAGAUCCUGGCGUUCCAGAAGCAGCUGCAGAACCUGCCCGACUUCGACUCUCCGGACCACCCGGACCCGGUGGCGGCGGCGGCCGAGUUCCUCGCCGGCCGGCCGCACCUCCGGCCACGCUCGCGCUCAAUGCCGCGCGUCUCCUACGAGAACUCGUCGUCGCGCUAUCUCACGCUGCCCGACGCGUGGGCGCCGUGGCCCGGCGGCGGGGGCGGCGGGGGCGGCCGCCUGCACAGGGGCCGGUCUGCGGGGGCGCUGCCCGGCGCGGGCGACCACAGCCCGGCCGCAGCCACCACGCCCGUCGAGGAGCGCGCCGCCGUGGGGCUGGCUCCGGUGGCAGUGUCGGGGGCCGGCUCGGGGGCGGCGCCUGGCGCGGGGGCGGCGCCGGGGGGCGGCGGGGGCGGCGACCGCGGCGGCUCCGGCAGCCGGCGCUCCAGCCUCAGCCCCUCGGACCGGUCCGGCCGCCGCCGCGACAGCCCCGCCUGCAUCCUGGUGGAGGUGCCUCCCUGGCACAGGGCCAUCCUCAACUUUCUUGAGGAGUGGCUGCGCGUGUCGCGGGUGGAGCUGGACCGCAACCCGCCGCUGUGCCGCGAGCUGCGAGACUUCCUGACCAAGGUGUCCGGCUGCGGGCCGCCCUAUCAGCAGUGGUGCGCCGAGCUGCGCCAGGAGCACCCCGCCCUCGCCCGUGACCCCGACCUCGACAGUGCGGAUGACUUGGAGGAGACCGACCGAGAAUAUUGCCAGCUGCUGCAGCUGGUGGUGGGCGGUGCGCUGCCAUGCAGCAAGGAGGAGGCGGCGGCGCUGGCCGGCAUCCAGCUGCGCAUCGAGGAGUCGUGGGGGCGGCCGCACCCGCUGCCCGCCUCGCCAGACGAUUCCGCCACGCUCAGGCCCAUCUCGGAGGGGCAGGAGAGCCUGCUGCUGCACGUGCCCAGCUUCAGCGUGGCCCGGCCCGUCAGCCCCCUGACCGAGGAGGCGGAGGACGGAGGCGGGGGC